GUAUAUACAGAUAUACCGUAAAUAUUCAGAAUAGUAUAUUAUACUCGAUAAACUUUCGUGUGACCGAAUGCAGUUGAGAUGGUCACACUUUUGUCUUGAAAUCCCGCGGCCAUCAUUGCGAAACGUCCAUUUUGCGGAAAGCGAAAACUUUUUGUGCCUCAUAGAAAAGUAAGGGAAUUUUAAUCAGGAAAUUCUGUGCUCAUCAUUGCGAAUAAUCUUAGAAAAAAUAUUCUGCAAGAUGCCGGGUGUUACUGUUAAAGAUGUGGACCAGCACGUUCUAACCAAAGUGCUGUCCGCUUUCCUAAAAAAAUCUGGAAAGAUUACUGUGCCUGAAAAAGCUGAUUAUAUUAAGACGGGCAAGUUUAAGGAAACAGCACCGACUGAACAGGACUGGUUCUAUACUCGCUGUGCCUCUAUAAUGCGGCAUCUCUACUUUCGUAGUCCGGCUGGAGUGGCCGCCUUCACCAAGGUGUACAGUGGACGCAAGCGCAAGGGGGUGCAACCAUCAAAGUAUUGCCGCUCAUCGGAUGGCUGCAUCCGUAUGGCUUUUCACGCUCUCGAAACGGCACGCAUGAUCGAGAAGCAUCCCGAGGGGGGUCGCAAGCUUACUCCUGCUGGACAGCGUGACAUGGACCGCUUGGCCAACCAGAUUGUGGUCAAGCAACGUAAAGUCGAGACCAAGCCAGUUAUCUGUAUUGGCGACGAUUUUCUAGGAUCUACAGAUAUAUAAAAUGAUUAACUACUUUAUUCCUAACAUGGAUACAAAAUGGCGAAAAAAUUAAAGCACAGACAAUUUUAGCUGGUCCACAAA